UACAGUUAUUAGAAAUGACAUUCUUUCAGUUGUUAAAGACAUUUACUACAUUUUGAGCAGAUUUCUGCUUCAUAAACACUGAUGUAUGUGCAGUGAUGAUCAGCUCAGCAGCACGAGGGUCAGUGUGUGUUGCAGUGGUUUCUGCUCUGAAGCGGUCUGUGUUUCUGCAGGGUUUCUUGCGCUCUUGGCUUUGGCGAUCUACACCGGCAUGACCGUCAACUUCUUCGGCAAACGCUACAUCGACUGGAGAUUCUCAUGGUCGUAUAUCUUGGCUUGGCUCGGCAUCAUAUUGGCUUUUGCAGCAGGCGUCCUGCAGCUCUGUGCGUAUCAGAGGAGCGGCUCUGAAGCAGCACCUGCCAGUGGCUCAAACAUCUCAACAUGAAAGAAAUGGCUUUCGGACUCUUUCUUUGGCAGAUGAUUUAUUUCUCACACAGGAUUAUUGGUGCAGCAUGAUUUAAUACUGGCAUUACUGGUUAGGAGUUAUGAUUCUGUCUGUCCAAUAGAUGGCGUUCAGAUGCAAAACACCCUCAGAUGAGGAAUGAUAUAUUCAGCACACAGACACUGAUCAGAGUUCAUUUCUCUGCAUCGCCAACUCAACAUGAAAUACAUACAGAAACACAGACAGCAGUAAAGCUUUUAAAAUAUUAAUGUACACAAAAGACCCUGAAUUACAGUUUGCCUUUUUCAAGCAGUUUCUGUAAACAUGCAAUGAUUAAAAUCUUGGAAUAAUACAACA